GAGGAGGUCCCGGCGCUGAUGUCAGCGCGGCCGCCCCGCCCGCCGCCGCAGUGACAGCUCCGCCCGGGCCCGCCGGGGCCGAGCCGAAGGCAGCCGAGCCGAGCGGCGGCAGCGGGGGCGGGGGGGAGCCGGCCAUGGCCGACGACUUCGGUUUUUUUUCCUCGUCCGAGGGUGCCGGCGCCGAGGAGGACCCGGCCGCCGCUUUCCUGGCGCAGCAGGAGAGCGAGAUCGCGGGCAUCGAGAACGACGAGGGCUUCGGGCCCGCCGACGGCGAGGCGGCCUCCGCCACCCCCGGGCAGGCGGCCCCGCAGGAGCCCGCUGGUUUCCAGAACGGGGGAGCCACUGUCAACGGAGAUGUUUUCCAGGAGUCCAACGGCCCCACGGACGCCUACGCGGCCAUAGCCAAGGCUGACCGGCUGACCCAGGAGCCCGAGAGCAUCCGCAAGUGGAGGGAGGAGCAGAAGAAGCGCCUGGAGGAGCUGGAUGCGGCCUCGAAGGUGACCGAGCAGGAGUGGCGCGAGAAGGCCAAGAAGGACCUGGAGGAGUGGAACCUGCGUCAGAACGAGCAGAUGGAGAAGAACCGGGCAAACAACAGGAUCGCUGACAAAGCCUUUUACCAGCAGCCGGACGCCGAUGUCAUCGGCUAUGUGGCCUCGGAGGAAGCGUUCCUGAAGGAGUCCAAGGAGGAAACCCCGGGCUCCGAGUGGGAGAAGGUGGCCCAGCUCUGCGACUUCAACCCCAAGAGCAGCAAGCAGAGCAAGGACGUCUCGCGGAUGCGCUCGGUGCUCAUCUCCCUCAAACAGACGCCCCUGUCCCGCUAGCUGCCGCCUGGCGCAGCCGGGGCACGGCCAGGCCCGGGGGGGGGGUUUCGUGGGGGCAGCCCACGAGGGGCCCCUGCCCUACCUGCACCUCGGCCGCGCUCUCCAGUCAGUGGUUGUAACUCUCCCCAUGGUUUCCCUUUUGCUUAAAGGUGCGUCGGUCUCUU